UAGCUCGGACAUAGCCCAGUUAGGGCUCCUAGGUGAGCCACGGAAUCCACUCGAAUGGAGUUAAUCAUAUUUGACGAGGAUUUCGAUUAGAAUCUGGUGCAAGAAUGCCGUCACCGAGUGGAAAUAAAGAGCCCGACGACAGUCAAACAUGGGAGCUAGCGGAGAGGUGUCUCCUACCCAUAGCAUUUUCACACGCAGUUGCGGUCAUCCUGGCGACUAUACUCAACACCUUCGGGAUCUCACAAACAUCUAGUUUCGUGCUUUUCAUACUACUUUUGGUCAUAUCAGUGGGAUCCACAUUAUUCUAUCACAAUCUGAAGGUUACUGCAGCGGGGAAGGCAAUACUAAUCACAGGUUGCGAUUCACGAGUUGGAUAUGCUCUGGCUAAACAGCUGGACGACUUGGGCUUCACUGUAUUUGCUGGAUUUGCUAAUAAAGGCGAGAACGAGGAAAUCAUGCAGAAACUGAAAGAUGAUGCUUCAGGAAGAUUGCACGUGCUGCAGUUGGACGUCACCAGCGAACGUGAUAUACACUCUACCUUUCUCUACGUCAACGAGAACUUGCCCGACGGAGCUCCUGGACUGUGGGCACUGGUGCAUGCUGCUGCUUGGGUAACUCUCGGAGAAUGCGAGUGGGUUCCCCCGUCUGUUCUCAAGCGAAGCAUAGACAUCAACUUCAUCGGCCUGGCACGCUUAACUCAGGUAUUUCUGCCCUUGGUCAGGAGGUCAAAGGGUCGAGUCGUUCUAAUCAGUAGUCUCUUGGCACGGAUACCGAGUCCCGUUCGAGGCAUUUAUUGUGCGCUUAAGGCUGCCGUGGAGGCCUGGGGAUCAUGCCUAAGACUGGAGAUGCGAAGAUGGGGCGUGGACGUUGUGAUCGUCGAGACUGGAGAAUACAUAUCUGGUAACGCAUGGCUGAAGGAUAACACAGCAUUGUUGGAACAAGCUAGAGACAUGUGGACGCAAUUGGAUCCUCAAACUCGCAAGGAAUACGGCCAGGAAUUGUUUCAAGCGGAAAUGUUGGCCUUGGAGAAGUACACCCAGGGUCCUGAGGCAGAUUUAACCGCCGUUACGAGGACUCUCACAGAUGCUGUGGUAAAGACUUUCCCAAUGCGGCGGUAUACACCCGUGUCGCGUAGUGAAAGAAUACAAGCAUUGUGCAAUCAUUAUUUGCCGAAGCCGAUUUACGACAUAUUAUACACAAAUUAAAUCAAUGCAUCCUAUACUACAUACCGAUGUGUCAUCAAUGCUCAUAAUACAAUUAGAGAUAAUUAUAUAAAACGGUACAUUUUUGAACAUAUGUAAUAUUGUGAGAAAAGGUUUGUGUAAAACAAAGAAGGAGCGAAAGGUUUUUUUUAGCAAGUCGUGCAACCACUUGAGUCACUGCCUAUGUAAAACUGCGAAGAGACACUGUGUCGAUUAAUAAAGUUAAUCUACCAAAUUACGGUUUACACUCUUCACAGACAUAAAGAACUUCGACUAUUUAGAACUUUAUCGAAAACGAAAAAACAAGUUAGAACAUAAUUCCUGUGUACAUAACUAAUAAUUAUUAUCCACCUUGUAAAUAUUUUUGACAUUCUUGGAAUAGAUGUGAUAUGUUA